UUCGACGCCAAAAAUUAAAUUACAAAACAAAAUAUAGAUCUCGUUUGCUCGCUUCGCUCUGUUUCUGAGAGAAAUGUUGCGAGCCUCAAUUUUUCUCCAAGCUGUUGUAAAUUGUAAUUGAUCCGCCACCGUACUCGUCGGUUUCCGGCCGAAUUGUCGGCCUCAAAUGCCUAGUUUUCACCUUCUUCUUCGUCGUCAAUGAUCCCUUUCAAGCAAGCAUCCAUUGUUGUCACCUCCUCAAUUUCUCCGUUGGAAUAAGUAAAUUCAUGAAGGGAAUUGAAGAAAGUAAAACUUAUGGCAUCAAGUGUUGAUGAAGAUGAUAGGGAGCCAGCCAUGGAGUCUGGCGAAGCUGAUGAAGAAAUAGUUGUCCGAGAAGUCUGUGCAAAUGGAAUCAGCAUAAAAACAACAGAAGUAGAAGCAAAGCUCGAUGAGGGAAAUAUCCAAGAGGCAGAAUCUUCAUUACGGGAAGGGUUAUCUCUCAAUUUUGAGGAAGCCAGAGCCCUUCUUGGGAAGUUGGAAUAUCAGAGAGGUAACGUUGAAGGUGCCCUACGUGUGUUUGAUGGUAUUGAUCUCCAAGCAGCUAUUCAACGAUUACAGCCUUGCAUUGCUGAGAAGACACCACCAAAAAAAGGACGUUUGCGCUCUGAAUCUCAACAUGCAGUUUCACAGCAUGCUGCAAACCUGGUUCUUGAAGCCAUAUAUUUAAAAGUGAAGUCUCUUCAGAAGCUAGGGAGAGUAACUGAGGCUGCUGAUGAGUGUACUAGUGUACUUGAUGCUGUAGAGAAGAUAUUCCACCAAGGAAUUCCUGACGGGCAAGUGGAUAGUAGAUUGCAAGAUACUGUCAGUCAGGCUGUAGAACUCCUCCCUGAGCUAUGGAAGCAGGCUGGCUGUUUUCAGGAAGCAAUAUCUGCCUAUAGACGUGCCCUCCUAAGCCAAUGGAACCUCAACAAUGAAAGCUGUGCUAGGAUCCAGAAAGGAUUUGCUGUGUUCUUGCUUUACAGUGGAGUAGAGGCUGGUCCUCCUAGUUUAGCUGUUCAACUUGAAGGUUCAUAUGUACCAAAAAAUAAUUUGGAAGAAGCCAUUCUACUUUUGAUGGUUCUUGUGAAGAAAUGUUACCUUGGUAAGAUAAAAUGGGAUCCGUCAGUGAUGGAGCACCUAAUAUAUGCUCUAUCCUUAUGCAGCCAGACUUCUGUUUUAGCGAAACAACUUGAAGAGGUCAUGCCUGGAGUAUAUCACCGUGUAGAUCGUUGGAAGUCUUUAGCUCUUUGUUAUUGUGCAGCAGGACAGAAUAAAGUUGCCUUAAAUCUUCUGAGAAAAUCUCUACACAAACACGAGCAACCAGAUGAUGUGGCAGCCUUAUUAUUGGCUGCCAAGAUCUGUAGCGAGGAUCCUUAUCUCGCUGCUGAAGGUGUUGGUUAUGCCCAGCGGGCAAUGAGCAAUUGUAUAGAAAAUGAAGAGCAUUUAAAGGGUGUGGGUCUUCGCUUGUUAGGUCUUUGUUUGGGAAAACAAGCCAAAAUGUCUUCCUCAGACUUUGAGAGGUCCCGUCUUCAGUCAGAGGCGUUGAAAUCUCUUGAGGCAGCAAGUGGACUGGAGAGCAAUAACUUAGAUUUGAUGCUUGAGUUAGGAGUACAGUAUUCAGAAUAUCGGAAUUUGAACGCUGCUCUGCAAUAUGCAAAGAAGUUUAUUGAUGAAACUGGUGGCUCCGUCUUAAAAGGCUGGCAGUUGCUUGCUCUUGUUUUGUCUGCCCAGAAGAGAUUUUCUGAGGCUGAAGUGGUCACUGAUGCUGCAAUGGAUGAAACCACAAAAUGGGAACAAGGACCACUUCUCAGACUUAAGGCGAAGCUGAAGGUCUCCCAAUCAUUACAUAUGGAUGCCAUUGAAACUUACCGUUAUCUCCUUGCAUUAGUUCAAGCCCAAAAGAAAUCAUUUGGGCCUCUCCGAAUUGUCCCUCAGGUUGAAGAUGAUAAAGUGAAUGAGUUUGAAGUGUGGAAUGGUCUAGCCAAUUUGUACUCCAGCCUUUCACAUUGGAAAGAUGCGGAGAUAUGCCUAGGAAAAGCAAGAGAGCUGAAAGAGUUCUCCCCAGAAGUACUACAUACUGAAGGUCUAAUGUGCGAAGGACGUGAGAAAAUACAAGAAGCUCUAGCUGCUUAUAUUAACGCUCUCCUACUCGAACCAACUUAUGUUCCUUGCAAGGUUUUGAUUGGUGCUCUUUGGUCGAAAGCUGGCCCGGAUGCAUUGCCUAUAGCAAGAAGCUUACUUUCAGACGCAUUGAGAUUGGAUCCUACCAACCGUAAGGCUUGGUUUUACUUGGGGGUCAUUCAUCGGGACGAAGGACGAAUGGCUGAUGCUAUAGACUGUUUCCAGGCAGCCGCCAUGCUUGAAGAAUCGGAUCCCAUUGAAAGCUUCAGCAGUGUUCUCUAGUCGAUCACUUCAAACUGGCUAUGCAUAUAUUUCACUUUCUACGGGGCCAAAAAGAAUGGCGACUGGCGAAAUGUGAAGAACUAUGCUGUAAGUUGUAACCGGAGAAACUUAAUCUAUAAGUUUAAUAAGAUAAAGAAUAUGUUUCAAAACUAUAUAAAUUUGAAUGAAGUUAGAAAGGAUGAGUUGUAGAGAGAUGAGUUGGUGGAUAUUUUUCAAAAAUUGAUUGUUUGUUCUUACCCAUUCUUGCUCAGCAAUGUAUAUUUAUUCUUGUAACUGAGCAAUAUUAGAGAAAUUAUACUUUUUUAUUAAAAAAAAAAAGUUUAUUUGUUGUGUUGUAUGAAA